UGUCAAUAUAUAUUCAACUUUGUCUAACAAUACGCUUGGGUGUUUCCAUUCUUUCUUAACAAUAGGCGGUUUCUAUCGUUUAUUAGCAUUUGGCAUGGCUCAAUGGCGGACACAUCAAAUGCCUAAUAAAACGGUUAUCGGCGAUGUAUGGGAUUUAAUGUUUGUGUGUGUACUUUAAAACCGAAAAAAUAUUUAUGAAACAAAUUGUUUAUUGCAAUAAAAUAAAUUUAAUGCUGAGUUUAACACACAAACUAACAAAAAUUUUACUAAGUCCUAUACGACGCCGGUUUGAAGUUUUGAGUUUAGUUUUUUUGUAAAUAACUUGUGUACCUUAAUUAGUGAUAAUUUUUUAAAUAAUAAAAUUUAUGUGUCUGUGUGUGUGUAAUAUUGGUAUGUGAGAGAAGUGAUUUUGUUUUUUAAGUGAUUUCGAAAUAAAUAAAUAAUUAACAAUGCUUACGAGUACUCAAAAACAUGUACUACAUUGCUGUUUAUUAUUCACAGUGAUUGUUUUUUUUGAAAUAUUUACUGGGGCUGUUAAAGUGUUACCGGAUGAAACAGCAAACAUUGACCCAUGGUUACGUUAUGGUGCUAUCGGAACAAUUAUCUUAUAUACAUUACGUUUAAUCACAUUCCUCCCAUUACCACAAGUAUUAUUUAAUUUUGCAGGUUUAAUAUUAUAUAAUGCGUUCCCUGAUAAAGUUACGCUAAAAGGUUCCCCAUUAUUGGCGCCAUUUAUAUGUAUACGUAUUGUAACUCGAGGGGAUUAUCCGCAAUUGGUACGGUCGAAUGUUGCACGAAAUAUGAAUAAGUGCACAGAAACGGGGUUGGAAAAUUUUCUAAUUGAAGUGGUUACUGAUAAACCAUUAAAUUUAGCACCCCAUCGAAGGGUACGUGAAGUGGUUGUACCAAGUACUUAUAAAACAAGAAGUGGUGCGUUAUUUAAAGCAAGAGCGUUACAAUACUGUCUCGAAGAUGGUGUCAGUAUGGUCACGGAUAACGAUUGGAUUGUCCACUUAGAUGAAGAAACUCUUUUAACCGAAAACUCCGUACGAGGAAUCUUAAAUUUUGUUAUUGAUGGGAAACAUCAUUUUGGGCAAGGUUUAAUUACCUAUGCGAAUGAAGAUGUAGUUAAUUGGGUUACUACGCUAGCGGAUAGUUUUCGAGUGGCGGAUGAUAUGGGAAAAUUGCGAUUGCAGUUUACACUAUUCCAUAAACCAUUAUUUAGUUGGAAAGGAUCUUUUGUUGUUACACAAGUUGGUGCAGAAAAACAAGUAUCAUUCGAUAAUGGUUUAGAUGGUUCCGUCGCCGAAGAUUGUUACUUCGCAAUGAAAGCAUACAAACUGGGUUACUCAUUCAACUUCGUCGAAGGUGAAAUGUGGGAAAAAUCACCAUUCACAUUAUGGGAUUUUGUGCAACAACGUAAACGUUGGCUUCAAGGCAUUCUACUGGUAGUCCAUUCCGAUGGCAUACCAUUAUGGCAUAAAUUAUUAUUAGCAAUAUCAUGUUAUUCAUGGGUCACUUUACCAUUAUCUACAUCGAAUGUAAUUCUAGCAGGAUUAUGUCCGAUCCCGUGCCCAGCGAUCAUAGAUUUUAUAUGUGCAUUUAUUGGUGCGGUGAAUAUUUACAUGUAUGUGUUCGGUGUUGUUAAAUCAUUCUCGUUGUACCGGUUCGGUAUGUUACGAUUUAUAUUAUGUAUAUGUGGUGCCCUCUCAACGAUUCCAUUUAAUAUUAUUAUUGAGAAUGUUGCUGUUAUUUGGGGUUUAUUUGGUAAAAAACAUAAGUUUUAUGUUGUUAAUAAGAAUGUUUUACCACCUAUUGAUGUUUAAUUUUUAUCUACAUCGUUUUUGUAAUUAAUUAUGAAAAGAAAUUUGUUUGGACCGACUCUACAGCAAAAUGGAGAGUAUAAUAUUGAGUUUUGGUCCUUAUAAUACACCUCUUUACUUACUAGCGAUUCAUAUUUUUGUCGUUUUCGUCCAUUUUUGUCUUAAGUAAGCGGUUGAUUUUGACCUAAUUUCAUUUUUUAUUGAAUCGAUAAUGGUUUGCCUAGAAAGUGAAGAUAAAAAAAUGCGAUAAAGCUCAUUCAGAGAACAGCAAUACGAGAGCGGAUUAAAUCAAACUAAGUAUAAACUGUCGUUUCAAUUAUUGUUGCUUUAGAUUUCGAAUCCUCUUUGCAUAAUAAAACUUAUUAUGAUAGCAAUUAUUUGUAAAUUACUGCUAUUUUUCUGUAUCUAAAUCUUCAAAAAAAUGAUUCAUCCGAUUUCUUAAUGUAAGGCUAAGACCAACCUAGCAACUAGAAAACUGACAUUAUAUGAAAUUUUUUUGAGGAAUUUGUAUACUAGAAAAACCACUAGCUUCUUUUGUAUCCCUCGUGAAAACUGCAAAUUUUUAAGGCUCUAUUUUGGACUGAAUCUGUCUUCAUUCGGAUUGUGUCAUCUAUACAUGCGCCAUACCAUGCAUAGCCUCUCGCGGCUAGAUUAUAUCACGCGAAAAUUAAUAUCGAAUGACUUUAAUAAUUAUAGGAAGAAAUAGAUUCAACAUGACUUGAAUCUCAUAGCUUCUUUGAUAGCUGAAACAAUCUACAUUAGUUUUUGCCCAAUGAUAAUGCCCGGGCAUUUUUAGGCAUCCUCCUCUUUUCUGUUAUCGUAAGUUAACAAUGUUAAUCAUCACUGAACAUAUGGCGGCUAUAUUGCUUGUUCGCAAAUUUUGCUCUGCCCACCAAAUAAAUAAAAACUUUGAAACUAUGACCCAGAAAUGAAAACAUUCGAGAUUGGAAUGCAAAUGGCGGCUAUAUUUGUAACUUUUUUUUAGAGAAACUAAGAUCUUCACAGCGAACCACAAUCGAUUCAAUAUAUGGAAGUCGAAUGUAUUUAAAUUAAUUUUUUUAAAGUUACAAAUAUCAUUGGUUGGAUAUUAUGUAAAAAUUUCCAGAAAUGAGUGUGGCGGAAUCAAAAUUCUCUCCUCUCAAGAAAGCAAUAUUGUCUUUAAUCACACGAGCAUCACAAGCUGUUUAUAUUUUGAAGCUAUAUUGAAUAUUAUGUUAUUAGAAAUAUUCUAACACGAGCAUCACAAUUUAAUUAGUGGUUAGUGGGUGGAUAAAACAAACGACAAUCGUUAGCUAUACAAUUUACUACGUAAAUAUAAAUAUUGGCAAGACCAAUAUUUAUUAUUGACCAUAUGGCCAAUUAAUUAAUCGAGUUGCGUAGAAUAAAAUAAUUUAGUUUUUUUGAUAUUUUUGAUAAUUUUUGCAAUGAUUUACUUCAUCUUCAUCCACUGACUGCUUCGACCAUUUGAUAUUUGUAACAUUGAAAAUAUAAUCAAUCCUCUUAAUUAAACAAUUCAA